AUGACGACCUCGGCACUGCGCCGGCAGGUGAAGAACAUCGUGCACAACUACUCAGAGGCAGAGAUCAAGGUGCGGGAGGCCACGUCCAAUGAUCCCUGGGGACCCCCCAGCUCCCUGAUGUCGGAGAUCGCCGAUCUCACCUUCAACACGGUGGCUUUUGCUGAGGUCAUGGGCAUGAUCUGGCGGCGGCUGAACGACAGCGGCAAGAACUGGCGUCACGUCUACAAAGCCCUCACCCUCCUGGACUACCUCAUCAAAACCGGCUCCGAGAAGGUGACCCAUCAGUGCCGGGAGAACCUCUACACCAUCCAGACGCUGAAGGACUUCCAGUACGUGGACCGCGAUGGCAAGGACCAGGGCAUCAACAUCCGGGAGAAGGUGAAGCAGGUGAUGGCCCUGCUCAAGGACGAGGAGCGGCUGAAGCAGGAGCGAGCGCACGCGCUGCAGACCAAGGAGCGCAUGGCCCUGGAGGGCAUGGGCAGUGGCAGCCAUCAGGUCCCCUACGGCCGCCGCGCAUCACCCUACGGCGAGGACUACGGACGGGCACGAGGCUCACCCUCCUCCUUCAACUCAUCAUCCUCGUCCCCACGGUUUGCCUCUGACCUGGAGCAAGCGCGGCCCCAGACGACGGGCGAGGAGGAGCUGCAGUUGCAGCUGGCACUGGCCAUGAGCCGGGAGGAGGCAGAGAAGAAGCCACUUCCUCCAAUUUCCAGUACAGACGAAGAAAGGCAAUUGCAGCUAGCGCUCGCGCUGAGCAAAGAGGAGCACGAGAAGGAGGUGAGGACUUGGCAAGGGGAGAACUCCCUGCAGCAGAGAGCUGUGGAGGAGACUGCCCAGAGCAGGGAGGAAGAGCAAGAAGAAGACAAGAUGAAGAAAAGCCAGUCCUCUAUCCUGGAACUGGCAGAUAUAUUUGGGCCAGCACCAGCCCCCUCCAGCCACACGUCUGCUGACCCGUGGGAUAUGCCAGAUAUGAAACCCAAAGCAGAGCCAGCAGCUUCUGCCUGGGCCGGUGCAGCAGACCCCUGGGUGCCGGUCCCGGACACCGGUGCGGAGCCCCUCUCCCAGGCGAGUGCUCCAUCCCAGCAAACCUCUGCCGGGCCCUGGGAUUUUGCCCCCAGCACCACUGCAGCCUCUGACCCUUGGGGCUUCCCUCCGGCGGACCCCUGGGGGACGGCAUCCCCUCCAGCCCCCCAGGGCUCCGGGUCUACGCCAGCUCCUGACCCUUGGGCCGCUGUGCCAGAGCAACCUCCGAACCCUGCUCCAGGGGGGAACGCUUUCGACCUGUUCACAAAGCCACCUGAGCCACCGGAGCAGGAGCCCUCACAGCCGCUCUCCUCGGCCAAAUCCAGCAGCCCCGUGGAGCCAGACCCCUUCGGCGACCUGUUCAGCACCAGGCAGGAUGGGGGGAAGAGCUUCGACCUCGCCAACCUGGCUGACUCCCUGCCUGAAUCCGGCAAGGAGCGGAAGGACUGUAAAACCCCCGAGGCCUUCCUUGGCCCCGCCGCCUCC